GCCUCGGUUGUCAAACAUGGCUGAAGCGCUGCCGCUGCCGCUACUGCCGCUGCAGGGAAAAUGCUGAGCCCUCUCGGGCCGGGUGGGCGGCGGCGGCGAGGGCGGCGACGGGGACCCGCUUCCCGAGCGCGGCGGCGGCCAUGGCCCGGCUGGCUGACUACUUCAUCGUGGUAGGAUAUGACCACGAGAAGCCAGAUCUAGAACUCCUUGAAGAAAAAAGAGGCAGCAUACCUUCCUUUAUGGAAGGACCUUGUGAUAAUAUCAUGGGGUCAGGAGAAGGUCUGGGGAAAAUAAUCCAGAGAUUUCCACAGAAGGACUGGGAUGAUACACCUUUUCCACAGGGAAUUGAGUUGUUUUGUCAGCCUGGCGGGUGGCAACUGUCCAGAGAGAGGAAGCAGCCAACGUUCUUUGUGGUUGUCCUGACAGAUAUUGACUCAGAUCGACAUUACUGCUCAUGCCUGACCUUCUAUGAGGCAGAGAUUAAUCUUCAGGGAACGAAGAAGGAAGAGAUUGAAGGUGAAGCAGAAGUGUCUGGUUUAAUUCAGCCUGCAGAAGUGUUUGCUCCCAAAAGCCUGGUGUUGGUAUCCAGAUUAUAUUAUCCAGAAAUUUUUAGGGCUUGCCUGGGUUUGAUCUAUACCGUGUAUGUGGACAGCCUGAAUGUCUCCUUGGAAAGUCUAAUUGCUAACCUUUGUGCCUGCCUUGUCCCAGCGGCUGGAGGGUCUCAGAAGCUGUUUUCUUUGGGUGCAGGAGAUAGACAGCUGAUCCAGACUCCUUUACAUGAUAGCCUUCCUGUCACGGGCACUAGUGUGGCUCUCCUGUUCCAGCAAUUGGGAAUUCAAAAUGUCCUCAGCCUCUUUUGUGCAGUCCUCACAGAAAAUAAGGUUCUCUUCCAUUCUGCAAGUUUCCAGAGACUUAGCGAUGCUUGUAGAGCCCUGGAAUCUUUAAUGUUUCCUCUUAAAUAUAGUUAUCCUUAUAUCCCUAUUCUCCCGGCUCAGCUACUGGAAGUUCUGAGUUCCCCAACACCUUUCAUUAUUGGAGUACAUUCUAUCUUUAAAACUGAUAUCCACGAACUUUUAGAUGUAAUCAUAGCAGAUUUGGAUGGAGGCACUAUUAAAAUUCCUGAAUGUAUUCACCUCUCUUCUCUCCCAGAACCACUUCUACAUCAGACGCAAUCAGCUCUUUCUUUGAUUUUACACCCAGAUUUGGAAGUAGCAGAUCAUGCUUUUCCUCCUCCACGAACAGCUUUAUCCCACUCAAAAAUGCUGGAUAAAGAGGUGCGAGCAGUUUUCCUUAGAUUAUUUGCACAACUCUUCCAAGGAUAUAGAUCCUGCCUGCAACUUAUAAGAAUUCAUGCAGAGCCAGUAAUACAUUUCCACAAAACAGCAUUCUUGGGGCAGCGUGGUUUGGUCGAGAAUGAUUUCCUCACUAAAGUACUCAAUGGAAUGGCAUUUGCAGGUUUUGUUUCAGAAAGAGGUCCUCCUUAUAGAUCUUGUGAUCUCUUUGAUGAGUUGGUAGCCUUUGAAGUAGAGAGAAUUAAAGUUGAAGAAAAUAGCCCAGUGAAGAUGAUAAAGCAUGUCAGAGAACUUGCCGAGCAACUAUUCAAAAAUGAGAAUCCAAACCCUCAUAUGGCAUUCCAGAAAGUUCCGCGGCCAACAGAAGGAUCCCACUUGCGAGUUCAUAUUCUUCCUUUCCCAAAGAUUAAUGAAGCCCGGGUUCAGGAAUUAAUACAGGAAAACCUUGCUAAGAACCAGAAUGCACCUCCUGCCACAAGAGUAGAAAAGAAAUGUGUUGUGCCAGCUGGUCCACCUGUUGUUUCGAUAAUGGACAAGGUGACGACAGUUUUCAACAGUGCACAGAGACUAGAAGUUGUCAGAAACUGCAUCUCAUUCAUAUUUGAAAAUAAAAUUUUGGAAACUGAAAAGACCCUUCCUGCUGCACUCAGAGCCCUUAAAGGAAAGGCAGCAAGACAGUGUCUCACUGAUGAAUUGGGUUUGCAUGUCCAGCAAAACCGAGCAAUAUUAGACCAUCAACAGUUUGACUACAUAAUAAGGAUGAUGAAUUGUACUCUACAGGAUUGUUCAAGUUUAGAAGAAUAUAACAUUGCCGCAGCAUUACUCCCUUUGACCAGUGCUUUCUAUAGGAAACUUGCCCCUGGAGUCAGCCAGUUUGCUUAUACAUGUGUACAAGACCACCCCAUUUGGACAAAUCAGCAGUUUUGGGAGACAACCUUUUACAAUGCAGUGCAGGAACAGGUUCGCUCCCUUUAUCUCUCAGCCAAGGAAGACAAUCAUGCCCCGCAUCUGAAGCAAAAGGAUAAGCUUCCUGAUAACCAAUAUCAGGAGAAGACAGCAAUGGACCUGGCAGCUGAGCAACUACGCCUUUGGCCUACCCUGAGCAAGUUAACUCAGCAAGAGCUAGUGCAACAUGAGGAAAGCACUGUCUUUAGUCAGGCCAUUCACUUUGCAAACCUCAUGGUGAACCUGCUAGUUCCACUCGACACAAGUAAAAACAAGCUCCUAAGAACAUCAGCACCAGGUGACUGGGAGAGCGGAAGCAACAGCAUUGUCACAAACAGUAUUGCAGGAAGUGUAGCUGAGAGCUAUGAUACAGAGAGUGGGUUUGAAGAUUCAGAGAAUAAUGACAUUGCCAAUUCUGUUGUGCGAUUCAUUACCCGAUUUAUUGACAAAGUUUGUACAGAGAGUGGAGUUACUCAGGAUCACAUCAAGAGCCUUCAUUGCAUGAUACCAGGAAUUGUAGCUAUGCACAUUGAGACCCUGGAAGCAGUACAUCGAGAAAGCAGAAGACUUCCGCCUAUUCAGAAGCCCAAGAUUCUUAGACCUGCUCUGCUGCCAGGAGAAGAAAUUGUCUGUGAGGGUCUUCGAGUCUUACUGGAUCCUGAUGGAAGAGAAGAAGCUACUGGAGGUCUUCUUGGAGGCCCUCAGCUCCUGCCAGCAGAAGGAGCCUUGUUCCUCACCACAUACAGAAUUCUCUUCAGAGGAACCCCCCAUGAUCAGUUAGUGGGUGAGCAGACAGUUGUGCGGAGCUUUCCCAUUGCCUCCAUCACCAAGGAGAAGAAGAUUACAAUGCAGAACCAGCUACAGCAGAACAUGCAAGAAGGACUGCAGAUCACAUCAGCAUCUUUUCAGUUGAUUAAGGUAGCAUUUGAUGAAGAAGUCAGUCCAGAACUGGUAGAGAUCUUUAAGAAACAGCUGAUGAAGUUCCGUUAUCCUCAGUCCAUUUUCAGCACCUUUGCUUUUGCUGCUGGACAGACUACCCCACAAAUAAUUUUACCAAAACAGAAGGAAAAGAACACUUCUUUUCGUACCUUCUCAAAAACAAUUGUGAAAGGUGCCAAAAGGGCAGGGAAAAUGACAAUUGGACGGCAAUAUUUACUGAAGAAGAAGACAGGGACAAUUGUGGAAGAAAGAGUAAAUCGUCCUGGAUGGAAUGAAGAUGAUGAUGUAUCUGUUUCAGAUGAGAGUGAGCUCCCCACAAGUACCACCCUGAAGGCCUCCGAGAAGUCUACAAUGGAACAGUUGGUGGAAAAGGCUUGUUUCAGAGACUAUCAGCGUUUAGGUUUAGGAACCAUAAGUGGCAGCUCUUCCCGUUCAAGACCCGAGUAUUUUCGAAUUACUGCCUCCAACAGGAUGUAUUCACUCUGCCGGAGCUAUCCUGGCCUUUUAGUUGUACCUCAAGCUGUACAGGACAGUAGUUUACCGAGAGUAGCUCGCUGCUAUCGACACAAUCGCCUGCCUGUUGUAUGUUGGAAGAACUCAAGAAGUGGUACUCUGCUCCUCCGAUCUGGAGGAUUCCAUGGGAAGGGAGUCGUUGGUCUUUUCAAAUCUCAAAACUCCCCUCAGGCCGCUCCUACCUCCUCUUUAGAGUCUUCCAGUAGCAUAGAACAAGAGAAAUACUUGCAAGCCUUACUGAAUGCUGUUUCUGUCCAUCAGAAACUCAGAGGCAACAGCACUCUUACUGUCAGACCAGCCUUUGCUCUAUCUCCAGGGACUGAAAGGAGGACUUCAAGAAUGUCCACUGUGCUUAAGCAGGUAGUGCCAGGACAUUUGGAUGUAAACCCAUCCAAUAGCUUUGCUCGAGGAGGUGUGUGGGCAAGUCUUCGCUCUAGCACUCGCUUGAUCAGCUCUCCAACAUCCUUCAUUGAUGUUGGCGCCCGGCUGGCCGGCAAGGACCAUUCGGCCUCCUUCAGUAACAGCACCUACCUACAAAACCAGCUCUUGAAACGGCAAGCAGCCCUUUACAUAUUUGGUGAAAAGUCGCAACUAAGGAACUUCAAGGUAGAAUUUGCUUUAAAUUGUGAGUUUGUUCCUGUUGAAUUUCAUGAAAUCCGGCAAGUGAAAGCCAGUUUUAAGAAGCUGAUGAGGGCUUGUAUCCCAAGCACCAUCCCUACUGACUCAGAAGUGACCUUCCUGAAAGCGCUGGGAGAUUCUGAGUGGCUCCCACAGCUUCACAGGAUAAUGCAGCUGGCUGUGGUUGUAUCAGAAGUACUUGAAAAUGGUUCCUCAGUUUUGGUCUGUUUGGAGGAAGGCUGGGACAUCACUGCACAAGUGACAUCCCUGGUUCAGUUACUCAGUGAUCCCUUUUAUAGGACACUUGAAGGCUUCCGGAUGUUGGUUGAAAAAGAGUGGCUCUCUUUUGGUCACAAAUUCAGUCAGCGGAGCAGCUUGACCCUCAACUGUCAGGGGAGUGGUUUUGCUCCAGUCUUCUUACAGUUCUUAGACUGUGUACACCAGGUUCACAACCAGUAUCCAACUGAGUUUGAAUUCAAUCUCUAUUACUUAAAGUUCUUGGCUUUCCACUAUGUGUCUAAUCGCUUUAAAACAUUUCUCCUGGAUUCAGACUAUGAAAGAUUAGAGCACGGAACUUUAUUUGAUGAUAAAGGAGAAAAGCAUGCCAAAAAGGGAAUCUGUAUUUGGGAGUGUAUUGACAGAAUGCACAAGAGGAGUCCCAUUUUCUUUAAUUAUUUAUAUUCACCAUUGGAAAUAGAGGCUCUAAAGCCCAAUGUAAAUGUCUCCAGCCUCAAGAAGUGGGAUUACUACAUAGAAGAGACCCUGUCCACAGGCCCUUCCUAUGACUGGAUGAUGCUAACCCCCAAGCAUUUCCCCUCCGAAGACUCUGACCUGGCUGGAGAAGCUGGGCCGCGGAGCCAGAGGAGAACAGUGUGGCCGUGCUAUGAUGAUGUCAGCUGUACUCAGCCCGAUGCUCUCACCAGCCUUUUCAGUGAAAUUGAAAAAUUGGAGCACAAAUUGAACCAAGCCCCUGAGAAGUGGCAGCAGCUGUGGGAAAGAGUAACCGUGGACCUUAAAGAAGAACCAAGAACAGAUCGCUCCCAAAGACACCUGUCGAGGUCCCCAGGAAUUGUGUCUACCAACCUACCUUCCUAUCAGAAGAGGUCUCUGCUACAUCUCCCAGACAGCAGCAUGGGGGAGGAACAGAAUUCCAGCAUCUCCCCAUCCAAUGGAGUGGAGCGAAGAGCAGCCACGCUCUAUAGCCAGUAUACAUCCAAGAAUGAGGAAAACAGGUCCUUUGAGGGAACACUUUAUAAAAGAGGGGCUUUGCUGAAAGGUUGGAAGCCCCGUUGGUUUGUUUUGGAUGUAACAAAACAUCAGCUGCGAUACUAUGACUCAGGUGAGGACACGAGCUGUAAAGGCCACAUUGAUCUGGCUGAAGUAGAAAUGGUCAUCCCUGCUGGCCCCAGCAUGGGAGCCCCGAAGCACACAAGUGACAAGGCUUUCUUUGAUCUUAAGACCAGCAAACGUGUGUAUAACUUCUGCGCCCAGGAUGGACAGAGUGCCCAGCAAUGGAUGGACAGGAUCCAGAGCUGUAUCUCUGAUGCCUGAUGCCUAUGGUCAACCUAUGCCGAAGAAAUAGAGGAACUCAUGCUGCCAGAUAGAAAAAAAAAAGCAUGGAUCCUUGAGGAGCUAACGACACGUUAUCCCAGGGCCUGAGGUUCUCCUGCCCAGUCCCUUCUUGCAGGGGUUGCUAUAUCUACUUAACCUGAAUAGAUGUUUCACACAGGUCUGGUCAAUAGCCCCAUGCACUCCCUAUAUCUUGCACUACAUUUUUCUAACAGGGUCUUAGUGGUUAAUGAUCAGAAGAUGUCUCCUGAGCCAACUGUGAACCUCACCCAGGCAAAAUGGCUACCACCUACUUGGGUCCUUCAUGAAAGCUAUAGAUCCUUUUUUGUUCUCCAGGGUCAUAAUUUGCUUGGAGACCUGUUUAACAAGCAAAAAUCAAAACCCUCCAAGAUUGUCUCAUAUUCUACCUAGACUAGGUUUCCUAUGAGAGGCAUCUACUUGUACUGCCUGACCUUUGAGAUGCUCAGUUCUCUGGUGCUGCCAAAAGGUGCUUCCAUGGUCCCUUCUCUGCCAUUGGGGUUCACAACAAGAGAUGUCAUUGUUCAGUAGCAGGCAAAGAGGGAGCACACAGCAUUAUUCUGAUGGAAAAAGAUUAUCCAGGGAAUGGUACAACAAUGACCAGCCCAAUGCAGGAAAACACUACUUCCAAAACAUUAAAUUCUCUAUCCAAAACAUUGAAUUCUCUAGACCAGAGGUGCUCUGAGGAUCCAGGGCCUUGUGUUCUUAUGUAUCUUCUGCUUCCUGACAGUUUCUUUUUCAAAAUAACAUGCAAAAAAAGCUGAAUGCACUAACUCACAAAACAAACACUUGCACUGAACUCCCAAUGAAGUGAAGAUGUUGGAAAGACAGAGGCCAGCUAUUUAGGACCACACACACCUGUGACAAGGGCUGUGUUGACCACAGUCACACUGUGGCAUGACUGGAUACCCAAACUACACUUCUCCACAUGAAAAGUAAGAACUGUCUUUAGAUUUUCUUUACUUUCAUAACUUGUGUUUGUUUAGCUUAAGACCCAAGAAAUGCUGUUUGCUCAUGGUAAACAGAAACAGCAUCUUUGCUACAGCCACUGACACCAGCUGGCGUCAUAGGUAGCUAGAUCAUUGCAUUUGUUUUGAAAUGUUAAUAUGUUAAAUACUAAACUAAUAUUUCAAAAAUGUGUAUAUAUGAUUUCUAUAUCCUUGUUUUUCAGAUAGCCUGCUUAUAAUUUAAUAUAAAUUAACUGAUGCAUUCAUAAGAUUUCAAUAAUGAAAUGGUUCCCUUUUUUAAAAAUAAAAAUACAUUGUCUUUGUAGAUUAAAAAUAAGUCAGAAUUUCAAAUUUAAAAUUGUCUACACACUAGGAAAUAGAACUGUGUUAAUAUAUAAGAAAUUCGGGGAUAAUUAAGAAUGAAAGACUUUUCUAUCAUUUCCAUUUUAUAAAUUGCCACCUGUGAAAAUGGUUUUUGCACAUUAUUUGUAUUUUUCUUUGUAUAUGAAAUAAUUUUUUGUACUUUGUAAAAUAUGGAGCCCAUUGUACCUUCAGCUAUUUGAGACUAUACACAGUGCUUCUUUUGUAACUGGACUAUUUUAACUUUCAUGAAGGCAUUACAUUGCCUCACAUUCACUAACCACCUUGAAUUAAAUUUAUUUCUUAAGAAAAAGCA